AUGUGUGCUGUCCACCUGCUCCCAGGGCAGCACAACUGCCCCCUCACCAGCCAGCCCGACGACGCCACUCCGAACCAGAGCUUCAGAAGGGAGGCUCAGGCACUUCGGGCCCGGAUCAAUGUGGCCGCGCUGUGUCAAGCGGCGAGUGCUUUGCACGGUGGAACACCGUGCGGGUUUUUCACUGGAAACUUUGGCCGCCGCAAGGCCACCAUGAGUGGCAUCAACUUUGAUGCAUGGGUCCGUUUCGCGGACAACGAUGCCUGGGUGGUUCGCAUUCCUCGCAUCACAACCUUCAGUCACCUCCCGGCGGACCUAAUCGAGUCCUUCAUCCAAAACGAGUACGCGACUCUCAAAUGGCUUUCGAAGACUGGCGUACCUGUUGUCCAAGCUCACGGAUAUGGCCUUGCGAGCGACCCAUCCAAUCUCGUGGGGAUCAGUUAUAUGUUCAUGGGUGCCAUGCCAGGCAAGCCGUUUAAUGUGAUUCGGGCAACUCGCGAGCAGAAGCUCAGAGUCUACGGCCAGUAUGCGAAGAUCCUUGCGGUAAUCCACUGCCAGAAGCCUCGCAAAUUUGCUUCUUCUCUGGGCCACCCAGAGACCGACGAAGAGAAUCAAAACAUUCACUACGCUAUCGCUAGUGACGGCUUCACUCACCUCGGAAGACACGGACCAUAUCGCACGCCUCUUCAAUACUUCGUUUCGACAGCAGAGCGGUACCUCGAGUUGAUCGGCGACGGCCAAUUGUACCCCGAAUAUGCCAAGGAGGCCUUCGCCUUCUAUAGCCUGCUCCGAGAUAAGGUUGCCCCAGUUUUGGCGGCACGAUCCGGAGAAGACAGAGAGUUUUGGCUGAAGCAUAUGGAUGACAAGGGAGACCACAUCCGCGUCGAUAAGAACUACAACAUCAAGGCAAUCGUCAACUGGCAGCUUGCCCGAUUCGUCCCUGCGGAGGAGGCCUUUGGCCCCAGCCUAUUCACCGCAAGCAUAGGACAAUUGUACGGCGGCACACCUGGGCUUGGCAUCAACGACCAUAUAAUGACUAGUAUGAUCCGAGACACCGGCAACCAAGAUUUAGUCAAGUUUUCAUCAUCGGAUGAACUUGCGCGUCGCUUCCAGCUUGGUCUCGCCGACGGACUGUCCAGGACAGAAGUUCUCGGGUUGAUCGGAGCUGUGUUGGAACUACUCUAUGGAGAUGACUACCGGGACGUAGAGGCUUGGUGCAAAGCACAAUGGCACACCAUGACUCGUGAUCCAAGGAAGAAGAAGAUUGAGAAAUUGCUGGCGGCUAUGGCGGCUGGAGGAGCCUGA